AUGUACAAGACAAAUGUCGUGGGGACCUUGAACAUGCUUGGAUUGGCAAAGAGGGUCGGGGCCCGGUUCUUGUUGACUAGUACCAGUGAGGUGUAUGGUGAUCCUCUUGAGCAUCCACAGAAGGAGAGCUACUGGGGCCAUGUCAAUCCCAUAGGUGUUAGGAGCUGUUAUGAUGAGGGGAAGAGAACAGCUGAAACUCUUACCAUGGAUUACCACCGUGGUGCUGGUGUUGAGGUGAGAAUUGCACGCAUAUUUAACACAUAUGGCCCUCGUAUGUGUUUAGAUGAUGGCCGAGUUGUUAGCAACUUUGUUACACAGGCUUUGCAGAAACAACCAAUGACAGUUUAUGGUGAUGGAAAACAGACUCGAAGUUUUCAAUAUGUUUCAGAUCUGGUUGAUGGGUUGGUAACUCUAAUGGAAAGCGAACAUAUUGGACCUUUCAACUUGGGGAAUCCGGGAGAAUUUACAAUGCUGGAGCUUGCACAGGUGGUAAAAGAAACGAUCGACCCAGGUGCAUCUGUCGAGUUCAAACCCAACACUGCAGAUGAUCCACAUAUGAGAAAACCUGACAUUUCUAAGGCCAAAUCUCUUCUCAAUUGGGAGCCCAAAGUUUCACUAAAACAAGGCCUGCCGCGUAUGGUCUCGGACUUCCAGAAGCGCAUCAUGGAUGAGAAUUGA